AUUAACAUCAAAAAAAAAAAAAAAAAAAUACAUUUUAACUUUCGCCGCACCCCCUAUAGUCUCCCCGACGUAGUCACUGCUCUUUCCGUAUCUCGAUAUCUCGAAUUUCUGUCUCUCUCUCUUACCAACAUCAAUACCAUGAGCCUCAGCUGAGAGCCCCCCAUCCCAUUCCCACUCAACCUCCCCUCAUUUCAUGUCUCCCCCCAACCACAAGCGCCCCGCCUCCGCUUCCACUGCCACCAGCAACAGUAACCUAACAUCCGCCACCGGCACCUCCUUUUCGCCGCCGAUGAAGAAGCCCAAGCCUCACUCUCAGUCUCUCGACUCCAAGAACGGCCUUCACCACUCCUUCAACUCCGCUACCGACGACGCCGAUGACCACGGUGGUUCCAUGAUUAUGGAUGACGAUCUCAAGCCUGACGGUAUCGUUUCCCCCUCCUCCAAUUCCCGUGCUCCGAUCACCGCCGGUGUUACGGCUAAUUUAUCCCGUAAGAAGGCCACACCUCCUAAUCCCUCCACCAAGAAGCUCGUCAUCAAGCUUGUUAAAGCUAAACCAACACUCCCCCCUAAUUUCGAGGAAGAUACUUGGGCAAUCCUGAAGUCAGCAAUAAAUGCUAUAUUCUUGAAGCAGCCUGAUUCUUGUGACCUGGAGAAACUUUAUCAGGCUGUUAAUGAUCUUUGCCUGCACAAGAUGGGGGGGAGUCUUUAUCAACGUAUAGAGAAGGAGUGUGAAGCCCAUGUUUCUGCGGUUCUGCAGUCAUUGGUUGGCCAAAGCCCGGAUCUAGUGGUUUUUCUGUCACUUGUUGAAAAAUGCUGGCAGGACCUUUGUGACCAAAUGCUAAUGAUUCGUGGCAUAGCAUUGUAUCUUGAUAGGACAUAUGUGAAACAAACCCCAAAUGUGAAGUCAUUGUGGGACAUGGGAUUGCAGCUUUUUCGUAAACAUCUUUCCUUAUGCCCUGAAGUUGAGCACAAAACUGUUACUGGUCUUUUGAGAAUGAUCGAGAGGGAAAGAUUAGGUGAAGCUGUUGAUAGGACUCUUCUCAACCAUCUUUUAAAGAUGUUUACUGCUCUGGGAAUUUACCAAGAGAGCUUUGAAAAACCAUUCCUUGUUUGCACAGAGGAAUUUUAUGCUGUUGAAGGUGCUAAAUACAUGCAGCAGUCAGAUGUUCCAGACUAUUUGAAGCAUGUCGAAAUAAGAUUGCAUGAAGAACAGGAAAGAUGCCUACUUUACUUGGAUGCAAGUACUAGAAAACCACUCAUCUCAACGGCCGAAAAGCAGCUUCUUGAGCGUCAUAUUUCUGCAAUACUUGAUAAGGGCUUCAUGAUGCUGAUGGAUGGAAGUCGUGUUGAUGACCUCCAGAGGAUGUACAAUUUGUUUACCAGGGUUAAUGCCCUUGAGUCUCUGAGGCAGGCAAUAAGUUCGUACAUCCGGAAAGCUGGUCAGGCUACAGUAAUGGAUGAAGAAAAGGAUAAGGAUAUGGUUUCUUGCCUCUUGGAGUUCAAGGCAGCACUUGAUAAAAUAUGGGAAGAAAGCUUCUCAAAGAACGAAUCUUUUGGCAACACUAUCAAGGACUCUUUUGAGUACCUAAUUAAUCUACGUCAGAAUCGUCCUGCGGAGCUGAUUGCAAAGUUUUUGGAUGAGAAGCUUCGAGCUGGGAAUAAGGGAACAUCUGAAGAGGAAUUGGAGGGCACCCUUGAUAAAGUUUUGGUCUUAUUCCGAUUUAUUCAGGGUAAGGAUGUAUUUGAAGCAUUCUACAAGAAGGAUCUUGCAAAGAGGCUGUUAUUAGGAAAGAGUGCUUCAAUUGAUGCUGAAAAGUCUAUGAUCUCAAAGCUCAAAACUGAGUGCGGUAGUCAAUUUACGAAUAAACUGGAAGGGAUGUUCAAGGAUAUUGAGUUAUCGAAAGAAAUAAAUGAGUCUUUCAAACAAUCAUCUCAAGCAAGGACAAAACUUCCAUCAGGAAUUGAGAUGAGUGUCCACGUCUUAACCACAGGUUACUGGCCAACGUACCCCCCAAUGGAUGUGCGGCUACCACAUGAGUUAAAUGUAUACCAGGAUAUUUUCAAAGAGUUUUAUCUUAGCAAAUACAGCGGUAGACGGUUAAUGUGGCAAAAUUCGCUGGGUCACUGUGUUCUGAAAGCAGACUUCCCCAAAGGUAAAAAGGAGCUUGCAGUUUCUCUGUUUCAGGCUGUUGUUUUGAUGCUAUUUAAUGAUGCUGAGAAUCUGAGCUUCCAAGAUAUGAAGGAUGCCACUGGAAUUGAAGAUAAAGAGUUGCGGAGAACUCUCCAAUCCCUUGCAUGCGGCAAAGUUCGUGUUCUUCAGAAGAUUCCUAAAGGCAGAGAAGUGGAGAAUGAAGACUCUUUUGUGUUCAAUGAUGGAUUUGCUGCCCCGCUUUAUCGUAUAAAGGUCAAUGCAAUCCAGAUGAAGGAAACGGUGGAAGAGAACACAAGCACCACUGAGAGAGUAUUUCAGGACCGUCAGUAUCAGGUUGAUGCAGCUAUAGUUCGUAUCAUGAAGACAAGGAAGGUGCUCAGUCAUACUCUUCUGAUAACUGAACUCUUCCAACAGCUAAAAUUUCCCAUAAAACCAGCUGAUCUGAAGAAGAGAAUUGAGAGCCUUAUAGACAGAGAAUAUUUGGAGAGAGACAAGAAUAAUCCUCAAAUAUAUAAUUACUUGGCAUAAACAGUUGAUUUUGAGUCAAUCCUUUUAGACGACACAGGGAAAACCUGGUACUGUCAGGUAAACGUUGGUUGUCUGAUAAUGUACAGUAAUACGUAUCUUUCCUUUUUUAUUCCCUUUCCUUUUAAACAAUGUAGAUGUAAUUUUUUUCCCCAUAUCUUGAUGAUUAUGCUUUUGCAAUUUAUUUAAAAAGGUUCUCUAAAACAAAGAGCAAUAUUUUGUAAAAUAUCAGCGAUGUGGUAAUCACUAAUCAGUAUUGAGUAGCCGUUGGUUGCUUGAAUGUCCAAA